AUGGAUCAGUUGACUUUGAAGCCGCGAAAGGCGGUCGUGGAGGAGCCGAUCGAGAGCUGGGAUGACGACGACUUGGACAUCGGAGGAGACGACUUCACUUUUCGAAGCGCUUCAUUGGCUACUACUUCGGCAUCACACAACCGAGAUUCUAUCUCAUCACGACUGUCAAUACGGUCCGAUUUCGAAUCGAGUCAUGGCGAUGAGGACAAGCAAGUUCACCUACCCGGAGAUGAUGCCACAGAUGCAAUUGCAACAGCCAAGAGAGCUGGGAUACCCAUACCACAAAAUGUCCCUUCCUCGGCCCUGAUGGGAGGAACAAUCAAGCGACUAGGAGGAAGGAAAAUUAAGAAGAUCAUACAGGACGAUUGGGACGAUGGUGAUCUAGAGCUACCUGGAGAGGGUGGCUUGAAGAUCAAGCAAAUGGACGGCUCGAACUUCCCCGAUGCUUUGCGACAGGUUAGCAGUGGAUCUGUGAAUGCCAGUCCAGCCAAACCGUUGAGGCCUGCUCCGAUGUUCAACAUCAGCCCUCGGCCAGAACUAAAGGCAAAGCCAGCGUCUAGAAAUUUACUUGAACGCUUUAAGGAUCAAGACGAGGACGAUUUCUUCGGGGAUAAUGCUGCUACUAUCAAAGUACCUAAAAUUCGCCAGGGGCCCAAAUUAAUACCACUCAUCACCCCACCAACGCCACAGAAGAAUCAGGAGAGUGUAGAUAUCGAUGAUGAUUUUGAGCGAGAUUUUCAGCUUCCCUCGGGCGGAGGACCUCUUAGGCUGUCUGCUCGGAAGGAAAUUCCGAGGACACCUAUCAGCUUGGAGGAUGACUUUGAAGAAUGGGGAGAAGGUAGUCUCGGAACACGUUUCGGUGGAACCAGGAGAGAUGGUCAUUCUAACAGAAGCUCCUCCAUCUCUGCAUUGAGCCCGAGUGUUGCGAGCUCACUGACCAUCGAAAGUGAAGACGAAGGUCUCGAUGGACUUGUUCUACCUUCUGGCCCCAUUCCGUUUGAUGACAUUCUCAAAAGGAGGCAACAAGAUCGCUCACCUGACCACCAAUCCAGCGAGAAACAAGCUGCGAAGCGCGCAGAAGUCAAAGAUGAUUUCCUCUCAGGUCUUGAGAUUGGAGAUGGGGAUGUCUUUGAUUCUAGUAAACUCACCUUAAAUCGAAACAUAAAGAUGAAAACGACUCGCCAGACGAGUCCUACUCGGCCGAAAACGGCAGUCUCAUUAACCUUCACCAACAAGCCUUCUUCCACUAACGGAUCGCGACUUCCUCGUCCACUCGGUGGGCAUGAACGCCAACCUUCCUCUCUCGAACCAGUCUCGGAAAGUGGAGGACCUAUGCCUAAACUCAACCGCAGGUCUCAAUCCAGACUUGGGGGCCACUCAGCACAUUCAUCCGUUACUAGUAUUGCAACCCCUACGACGCCAUCAUCCUCAACUCACUCCUUACCGCUACCCUCCACACCUCGAAGACGCGACCUAGCUUCCAAAUCAUCAAUUACAGGCCUCCGCAAUGAACCGACGACGACCAAUGCGCAGCUGCUGAAGCUCAAACGGUCUAUGCCAACCAUGCGAUCGUAUCCCCAGUCGCCUGCGAAACCAAUAGCAUCACGUUACGAGAGACCCCCGUCUCGUACGGAUACCAGCAGUCGACCAACUUCGGUGUCUCGGCCCAAGACGCCAACUGAACGGGAUCGCUCUGGAGCUGAAUCAAGUUUGGCUCACGUCCGAAAGAACCCAUUACCAUUCCUACCCGCCGGUGCCUCAUCAUCUCAAUCCCAACACGUUACUAUCAAAACCACCCGUCAUUUCCGUCGGCAUGAUUCCGAGUCCUCGACAAACAGCACUGAACUUCGUCCAACGUCGCGGGCUGUUUCGAGGUCGGCAAUGAGGUCGCCUAGCCCGCGGCGGAAUCCCAGGGGUGCCGAAGCAUUGACUCGCGAUGCAGCCUCGAAGCGACAAUUAACGAAACCCUUGCGUCGAAGGCAUUUCGGCGAUGGCUAUGAACUAGAUGGAUUUGACGAUCUCCCAACAAGUCGUGACACGGAACAGAAGUUUGUUAAAGAACCUAUCGGUCGUGGUCCGCCCAAACAAUCAAUCCUACGAACCAAGAUCCACCAAGACGCUCUGCCGUCGCGGACGAAUACUCCUGCUCCUCUCACACCCUUUUCGCCGGCCAAGUCGCGAGAUGACCUCCCCCGGUUCGCACGUGAUACUAAUGCCAGCCGUAUGGCCAGGGAGCGGGCGCAAGCACAGCGCGCUCCAUCAGCCGCAGGAGCUCCUCUAGCUACGCUCACAAAUCAAUGGAAAACCAAAUUAUCGGCAACGACGGGUCUAAGCGCUGUGAAUGCACAAUCCGUCAGAUCAAAGAAGAGCAAAGGCCCUCCACAAAAGCCUCAACUCAUCAAACCCCUAGGCAACCUCAAUAAUCCCAAAUCUAUCAAAGGAAUGUAUUACAACCCGUAUACUUUCCGGUGGGAAGGUAAUGAAAACGAGCUUACUCCUUUCGACGCGCCUGCCUCGUCACCAUCCCCUGCACCAGUACCUUCCAAUGCACUCAAAGAUGGCCCAAAUAUCUAUCGCGAAAAAGAGAAUACCACACCUCGACCUGCCCUCAUACAAAACGUCAACUCUUCACAAGGCGUCCAGGUUGUCGGCGGCAUGGUCUUCGAUCCUCAACGCAUGUGCUGGCUCAAAAUGCCCGCCACCGAACCAAAGAACAAAAGCGAUGCAGGUGAUACCAUGGAUGGCUUCGAUGCUUUUGACGAUGAUGAGGAUGUCUUCAAAGACGUCCCCGAUCUUGAAGACUCCCCAAGCAAAGAAGUCGACGAGGCUGGAGGCCGCAAGAGCGAAGGUGCCAGUGCGCUCAAGGAUGACUGGCUUGUGGGUGAAGAGUUUGAUGUAGGGCCCGAGUUCGUCAGAAGGCAACGUGAAGAAGAAGAGCGCUGGAGACGGAAGUGCGAUAAGUGGGUCGGCGCUGAAAAGAACCGCGGGAGUGAUCUCUGGCGGUGGAGCAUCAGAGAUGUGGUUAACGAACUCUGA